AUGUCUAGUAAGCUACCCAGAGCCAUAUUGAUGUGCAACCACUCUAACAACUCGCUCAGUUCUCGUCAGCGAUGCAACAGCGGCUGGUGUGCCUACAUGUACGAUUACUACUUCGAAAAGGACCACGCUGAUAUCGGUGCACACAAACACGACUGGGAGCACAUCAUAGUUUGGGUUCCUGACGACCGAGCCAACAAUAAGAAGUAUGCGUUUUACCACAAGGAUUGGUUCCAGACUCGUGCCUUCCGCUUUGCUAAUGCGGAAGAUGAUAAAUACCAGGAGAAUGAGCGCCAUGACUGGCAAAUUGGCGAUCUGGUUGGUUGGUUUGGAUUUCCGACAACAGAGCUUCGGUCGGCCCUGGAAACCCAUUAUUUUGGCAGUGCGAGCUUUGCUCUUGGUGGUAGUUUCACGACCAACCUCAAGAAUUCCUUGACUGCUUGGUGUGACGACAAAUUCCCUCCAGACGGCGGAGACCUCGCAGUGUGUAAAAUGCAGCAUUUCCCUCAUCCUUUCGAUCCUGCGAGAGACGACAACGGCUCUCCGGGCCAGCCGCCAGGAGGUAACGGUAACGGGUGCAACCCAACAAAUCCUGGUACGCCUGGGCCUGCAGUUGGCGUCAUCAAUGCCAUGAUUGUAGGAGACUCGAUUACUCAAGGGUUUGAGGGCGACUAUACCUGGAGGUUCCGCCUCGCGGAGUGGUUCAAGUCGGAGAGCAUUACCCCGAACUUUGUUGGUCCUUGGACCGGGAACACAUACCAACGCCGAGCCGAGCGACCCGAAACCUCCCCGUCUGAUCGGAUCUGGGGUAUGUCUAUCACCUCGGUAUCUCGGUGGCAGCUUGCUAACGAAAGCCACAGCCAGUACCGCCAGACGCGCCCCGAACAGGCGGAGCAUAUGCCAACGGUGUCUCCUUUAAAUAGCAAUCAUUGGGCUUUGUGGGGCUGUCAAGCUGCUCAGGUCAAGAACGAGAUUCGCGGUCAGGUCUCAACACAUUCGCCAGAUUGGUUGCUUGUCAUGCUUGGAUUCAACGAUCUUGGCUGGUGGGUGAGUGGGCCUGACGGCACCUUAGCCAGUAUGAAGGCCAUCGUUGAUGAAGCGCGUGCCGCAAAGUCCAACGUCCGCAUCCUGAUUGCUAACGUCAUCCAUCGAACCUUCAUCGAGGGCCGUGACGAUCUUGUAACCAACACGAAUAUCUACAACGAUAUGCUGAAGAAUGCGAUUCCGGGCUGGAGCACACCAUCCUCUCCUAUCAAGCUCGUCGACGUAAACUCUGUAUAUAGCUGUGCUCCACUUGGCGACUGCUCAGCUGCCUACGAUGGACUGCAUCCGGGACCCAAGGGAGAAUACCAGAUCGCUCACGCCUUCAGCAAGACUCUUGUUGAGAUGGGUGCGGGUAAAUCAGCAUUAUCCGUUCCAGGCAGCUUCCCGGCAUCCAAGGCCCCCACGGUUCCUAACAAUGUUCGAGUAUCACAGGCUCCGUGGGGUCUAAAAGUCACCUGGGACAAAGUGUGGGGUGCGAAUGCGUAUGAGGUCCGCUCGCGUCAGAAGGGAAUGAGCCAGUGGUCAUACUGGCCGUCCGGUAUCGCCUGGCCCGUGAACCGUUGGGACAACAGCUGGGUCCUUGAAGGACAAGAAUGGGAAUACUCGGUACGGACGAAUAUGGGAACUGGCCGGACGUCUGAAUGGUCAGGCACCGCUACUGCUGUUGCAAAACCAACGAAUCCGAAGGGACCCAACAAUGUCUGGGUUGAACCUCGAGGAAACUCCAUAUUUUUGCGAUGGGACGCUGUGCCUGGGGCCAUCUCUUACGAGGUUAUCACCUUUGAUAACGAUGCGACAGGGACGACAUUCCCCAACGGCCGCGGUGUCCAAGGGACCAGCGUUACCGUCAGCGAUGGGUUGACAGCCGGUCACAGAAAUGCUAUUGCCAUUGUCACAUGGGUAUCCUCCGGCCCUGGAUGGCCCACUAUUGGCAUGUCGGUGCGUGUCGGUGCAGGCCAGCCUGGGACGAUUCAAGGUCUUCGUGUCAGCAACACUGACCCAACUACGGUUCUCCUCAGCUGGCCUCACACCACAAACUUUGCCAGCUAUCGUGUGUGGUUCCGCAAUCACAAGACGAACGAGGCCUUUCGGACAGAUGAGUACUCCAUUGCCACGGAUAACUCGCAUACCGUUGCCUUUUUGUUCCCCGGCACGUGGAAUUAUGAGUUCUAUGUCGUGGCCAUGAAUGGAAAUAUUGAGGGCGGUCGUUCAAAUACCGUUAUACCACCGGUCUAUCCGGGCUUCCAGGGAUAG